UAAUUCUCAUCUGGGUCAUCUCUGAAAGAAGCUCACAAGUUUUAGGAUCAAUCAACUCAUAUUGCCCACAUCAUCAUCUUCAACAAUUCGGUCGAAAGUUCGAGCUGAAAACGGAUAGAUUUUGGAGGUUUCAAGAGGAUUCAAAUAGCUGGGUUGAAGUACAACUUCCUUAUGAUCUUAUCUCUUGUAGAAAUGGCAAUUGCACCAAGGUUGGAGAGAUUAAUAACAGAUUGGAGAAGAUGGAGAAAGAAUAUGACAGUUUUGAGCAGACCGAGAACUCAAAAAAAGAUAAGGAAGUAGAGAAGUUUCAUGUUGAUUUGCCUCUGAGAAAAAGAGUGUCAUUGACUAGAAUUUCAGAUAUGUCCAUUUGGGUCACUGGUGAAAGUGGGUCAAUCUAUGAGAGGUUUUGGAAUGGAGUUCAAUGGGUUAUAGCUCCUCAUGAUUUGCCAACAUCAGCAGGUCCUGCUAUCUCUAUUUUUGGUGUCAAUCAUUCAAUUCUAGCUCUUUCUCAAGCAGGAAUUUUGUAUCAGCUCGGUUCUCAACCAAUUUGGGUUGAGUUAAUACCAGCAACUGAUCAAACAACUGGUGAAGAAGAUGCUUCUUCAAUCCAAUUAUUAGCUGGUGUUGUUUCUCAUGAUGGAAUGAGAGUUUAUUUCAAUACAAAGAAUGGAACUUUGCUGGAACUAACUGAGUUUGAGCCUCCAAGAUGGGUAGAUCAUGGCCAGCCCCGCGACGCCGAUGUUGCAGCAAUAGCAGAUGUUGCUAGUUUCAGAACAGAAAUUGUGUAUACAAUAAGCUCUGUGGGAGAUCUCUAUGAAUAUGAUAGGAGCUCAAAGCCACUGUGGAAGAAGCACAUAUGGAAAGAUAGAGCAGCACAAGAUUUCCGAUUGAUGCCGUCGUCGGGUUGCUAUAUACAUAGCUGGAAUGGAGAUCAUUCCAUAUCCCUCUUUCUUUUAACUAAGGAAGGUAAUUUGGUAGAAAGAAGAUUGCACAAAAGGAAGUGGAAAUGGAUAGUCCAUGGAAAACCAAAUGAUCAUCAACUGACAUCAGUUUUACCAGCCCUGCAAGAUGAAUCAAAUGAGAAAAUUUUCUCAUUGUUUCUCACCACGUCUUCCGGUUUCGUAUUUGAAUAUCGAACAAAUAUUUAUCCAGGUCAUGGUCAGGAGGAAGAAAUACAAGAUGCUUGGAUAAACCACAAGCAUCCCUUGAAUGCAAAAGCUGCAAGAGGUAUUGGUGGUUUACAGUUGCAAGUUGGACGGAUAUUGUUCGCAUUGGACGACGGUAGGAUCGGAGAACUUCAUCUUGCAGGAUUAGGUGGUGAAAAUUCAGGGCCAACUUAUCACAUUACUUCAAGAAGAAAACCAACAGCUAAAUAUACAUGGUCAAUACUGGAUGCACCAGAAUCUGAGGGGUGGAAUGCAGAGUAUUGUACCGAAAACCGUGGACCGACAAACUGCGUUGCAGGAACUAAAGAUGAUAUAAGUGAUCAAGGGACAAGAAGAUCAGCAACAAGAAGACCAAAGGGAAGCCAACCACAGCAAAACUACUUAAUACCAAGAACAUCAGAGAGUAUAUCUGAAAAAUCAUCUGAUAGUUUUGAUCUUCUUGCUGAAAAUUGGACGAAGAACAGCUUCCGUCUUCGUGUAAUGCACGGAGGAAGAUCGUUUUUUCUCAUAACAGUUGAUGGAUUGACUUUUGAGUAUCUUUACACUGGAGAUGUAUGGUUAUGGCUGAGGCAUGAAAGUUCAACUAAUAUGAAAGGUGCAGUUGGUAAUUACAAUGGAAGUUUGUACUUAGUUGAUAGUUAUGGUAGUUUGCUGAUUAGAGAAAGAAGCAGCCAAGAACUGGCAUGGACAAACUGCACUGCUCUUAGAAGAGGGAAACAAGUCAUUGGAGGCUGUCUCUUAUACACAUCUAGAUGUGUAUAA